AACAAUUUUCUCGACUAUCUUCUCUGUUACUCUCAAGUGACCAAGCAACUUCGUCGCAGGUGAUGAGGAGAUACAGUCCGCCUUAUUACAGUCCUCCGAGGAGAGGAUAUGGUGGUCGAGGUAGAAGUCCUCCUCCUCCUCCACGACGUGGAUAUGGUGGGGGUGGUGGUGGUGGUGGUGGACGUAGAGGAUCUAGCCAUGGAAGUCUCUUGGUUCGUAACAUUCCUCUUGAUUGCAGACCUGAAGAGCUUCGUGUGCCGUUUGAGAGGUUUGGACCUGUGAGAGAUGUCUAUAUCCCCAGAGACUAUUACUCCGGGGAACCCCGGGGGUUUGCCUUUGUGGAGUUUGUUGAUGCAUAUGAUGCUGGGGAGGCUCAAAGAAGCAUGAACAGGAGAAUCUUUGCUGGAAGAGAGAUAACGGUGGUUGUUGCUUCAGAGUCUCGGAAAAGGCCUGAAGAGAUGCGUGUGAAGACUAGGACUCGUAGUAGGGAACCUUCAGGCUCCAGAGGUCGUUCUCAUGGACGGUCUCGUUCACGUUCAAUCUCUCGAUCACGCUCUCCUCGUCGUCCAUCAGAUUCUAGAAGCAGAUACCGAUCAAGGUCUUACUCUCCUGCACCAAGACGAAGAGGAGCAGACUAUUCAGCAUCUCCGAGGAGAAGGCAAGAGGAACGUCCACGAUCACCACCAAGAGGUCCUCCUCGUGGAGAAGAAGAUGGAAAAUACAGUCGCAGGUCCUAUUCCCCUGGCUAUGAAGGUGCUGCUGUUGCUCCAGAUCGGGACAGAAAUGGAGACAAUGAGAUUAGAGAAAAACCGGGCUAUGAAGCAGAGGAUAGACGUGGUGGUGGAAGGGCAGUUUCAAGGUCGCCAUCAGGAUCCAGGUCCAGUCUGAUCAGUGGCAAAGGUCUUAAGCGCUCUGAUUUUCUUGGCAAGAUAGAUCCAUAUGUUGAGAUCCAAUACAAAGGCCAAACCCGCAAAAGUAGCGUUGCUAAAGAAGAUGGAGGUAGAAAUCCAACAUGGAAUGAUAAAUUGAAAUGGAGAGCAGAGUUUCCUGGCUCCGGCGCUGACUACAAACUCAUCGUCAAAGUCAUGGAUCAUGAUACUUUCUCCACCGAUGAUUUCAUCGGCGAAGCCACGGUACAUGUGAAAGAGCUAUUGGAAAUGGGAGUGGAGAAGGGAACGGCUGAGCUAAGGCCAACCAAGUACAACAUUGUUGACUCCGAUCUCUCCUUUGUCGGCGAGCUUCUCAUCGGAGUUUCUUACUCUCUUUUGCAAGACAGGGGAAUGGAUGGAGAACAGUUUGGAGGAUGGAAACAUAGCCAAGUUGAUUAGUUUCGUUUCUUAAAACUGCUGAUUUUAUCUUCUUCUUUUAUCUUUAGUGUCAACAUCAUUAAGAUAUUCUUAAGUACAAAAAAUAUCUAAAUUAAAAUGUAUCAUGAUUU